ACCAACAAUAAUCGCAAACGCCUUUUCUUCGGUAGUUCCAAUCAAAAUUCUCAAUUAAAGCAUCAAAAAAACACAAUUCACACACAGCCAGAGAGCUAUAAUGAGUUUGAGUCCCAACCCAAAUCAGCAUAGCCCUCAUGUAGACCACCUCAGCCGCCCCGCCGAUUGCGAGCAGAGUCACAAGCUGGCCAACGGCCAUGCCAUGGGCGAUCCCCUGAGCAGCCGGUGCCACGACGAACUCUUCAGCGGUUCGCUUAACUCGCUGGCCAGGCGCGAGGAUGGCGGCGGCAGCGUCAGCGGGAGCGAGGACAACGCCAAGGGCUCGGGCACGGGACUCGUGGGCCUCCAGAACAUCGCCAACACCUGCUACAUGAACUCGGCCCUGCAGGCGCUGAGCAAUCUGCCGCCGAUGACGCACUACUUCAUCAACUGCAGUGACCUGGUGGAGUACAUUGCGGAGCAGAGCGCCCGCCGUUGCAAACCCGCCGGCCUGGCCAAGAGCUAUCGCCGCCUGAUGCAGGACAUCUGGCAGCAUAUCGAUGAACCCAAAGAGUCUAUUGCCCCGCGUGGCAUUUUGUACGGCAUUCGCUCGGUGCAUCCCAUGUUCCGGGGCUACCAACAGCACGACACCCAGGAAUUUCUGCGCUGCUUCAUGGAUCAGCUGCACGAGGAGCUCACGGAGCAGGUCUCGCUGAUGCCACAGACGCAGAACCAAAUCCAGGGGCAGUCCCAAAUGCAACCACAACAGCAGCAACAGCAGCACCCGCCCAGCGAGACGGAUGACGACAACGAGGAUGAGGCGGCCCCGGCGUCCUUGACGCCACCAGCUUCCGAGAGCGAAUACGACACCUGCGAGAGCAGCCUGUCGGAGCGCUCGGCGGAGGUGCUGCUCAAGACCGAGUACUUUGUGACGCCCUGCCGGACGAACAAUUCGAACAGCGCCCUGCCAGAAGCUCAUGCAAUGCACCUGCAGCAUCAGCAGAAGAACACAUCCUCGCCAGAACAGAAGCCCGUCGAGGCGGCUCGCUCCAUUAUCAGUGACGUGUUCGACGGCAAGCUACUGUCCUCCGUGCAGUGCCUGACCUGCGAUCGCGUGUCCACGCGCGAGGAAACAUUCCAGGACCUAUCGCUGCCCAUUCCCAACCGCGAUUUCCUCACCGUACUCCACCAGACGCACAGCUUGAGUGUGCAGAGCCUGAAUGCAGCUGAAACCUCCGCGAGGACCAACGAGGGCUGGCUGGCCUGGAUGUGGAACGUGCUGCGCUCCUGGAUCUACGGACCCUCGGUAACGCUCUACGACUGCAUGGCCAGUUUCUUCAGCGCCGACGAACUUAAGGGGGACAACAUGUACAGCUGCGAGCGUUGCAACAAACUCCGCACGGGCAUAAAGUUCUCCCGAGUGCUCACUCUGCCCGAGGUGCUGUGCAUCCACCUGAAGCGCUUUCGUCACGAUCUGUCAUACAGCUCGAAGAUCUCGUCGGACGUCUACUUUCCGCUGGAGGGCUUCGACAUGCGCCCGUACAUCCACAAGGAUUGCAAGAGUCAGGUGCACUUCUACAACCUGUCGUCGGUGAUCUGCCACCAUGGAACGGUGGGUGGUGGCCAUUACACCUGCUAUGCCCGCAAUGCCCUCAACGGAAAGUGGUACGAGUUCGAUGAUCAGUAUGUGACGGAGGUGUCUCCAGAGACGGUGCAGACCUGCCAGGCGUACGUGCUCUUCUACCAAAAGCACAAUCCCCAGAUGAAACUAGUGCGGGAUCAGGCGAUGACCUUGUCUACAAGUCAUCCCCUUUGCGAUUCGGACAUUCAGUUCUAUGUAACGCGUGAGUGGCUCUCGCGACUGGCCACGUUCUCCGAGCCGGGACCGAUAAACAACCAGGAGAUGCUCUGCCCCCACGGUGGGAUUCUACAUUCCAAGGCCGACAUGAUCAGCCAGAUUGCGGUGCCCAUCUCCCAGCCGCUGUGGGACUAUCUCUACCGCACCUUUGGUGGCGGACCAGCGGUGAACAUCAUCUUCGAGUGCGAGAUCUGCAAGCGGGCGGCGGAGACGCUGACCCGCCGACAGCAGUACGAACUGAACGAGUUCACCAAGUACAAUGGUCUGCAGAACGAAUUCGAUUCAACGGCCAUUUAUGCCAUCGCCAUGCCCUGGCUGCGCCUGUGGCAACAGUUCUCGCGGGGAAAGACCCACAAGGAGCCGGGACCGAUUACCAACGAGGGCAUUGCUGCUCCCACGGAGAAUGGCCCUCUGAAUGGAACUGCCACUGUGAGCUGCGUAAGACUGGGCUCCGAUUAUGCCCAGCUAAAUGCCCGCCUCUGGCGAUUCCUACACAACAUCUAUGGUGGUGGACCGGAAAUUGUGCUGCGGCAGGCUUUAUCGGAUGACGAUGAUGCCGAGGAGAUUGAAAUCAUCGAUCAGGACGAUGAGUGCGACGAUGAUGAGGAUCAGGAGGAAGACGAGGACGAGGAGGUGGCGGCAGCCAACUAUCAGCACAAUCAUUCCGACACCGAAAGCAAUUUGGGUCGUCGCACGACUCCGAGUCCGAGUAUCAGUCCCAGUCACAGUCCCAGUCCAAGUCUGACGGCCAAGCGUCAGCCGGAGGAGGCGGAGUCGGAUCUGCGACCAAGUAGUCCAAAGUCGAAGCGCAGCAGAACCAAAAUGAAGGUGUCCCCCCUGCGCUUGAACAUGCGGAAGAGAGGCAAGCGCAAUCGCAGUGCUUUUAAGCAGCACGCCGAGAUGUUUGGAGCCAAAGGAAACUACAAUGCCCACAACAACGCUGAUCACGAUCGGGAAAAGGACAAAGAAAAGGACAAGGACCGAACUGUUGCAUUUCAGAGCGAAUACAGCUUACCCAUUUCGAUACCAUUCCAAAGCGACAAUUUCCAGGUGAACGGUGUGCACGAGAAGUCGCGCGACAAGGGCAAACUGCGGAACGGAUCCAGGAGUGGUAGCACUGCUACCAACAAGGAGAACGUCACGCUGCAGAAAUUCGUGACCCUGCGCGAGGCCAAUGGCCCGAGCGACGAGACUGAUAUUUGAUCGACGGCCUCAGAUCGAGGAGAUGGAGAUGGAGAAGGUAGAGAAGGACAAGGAUCCAGUGCCCUUGGCCAGAGUCGCAAAACGCCCACGUUAACGCCGAAACGCAGGCCAAAGUCCAAGUUUAGGCGCCGGCGGAAGCGCUAGUAGUUAUAUACCUCAAAGCUUUUUUGGGGUGGAGGCUAUAUAAAUUAUGUAAAAAUUGUAUUUAAAAAUUAACCGUACGGAAAUCCAACAUUCGGCGCCCUACCCGGUUAUGUGGUUCCAGCUCCUGGCCAGGUGUGAUUUUGUAUAUAGUAUGGGAGUGCUUUAGUCGGUGUAACAUUAGUGAAUAAAUCUUAGUAAUCUUGGCCAAA